CCACGAAUACUUUACAGAUGGUGCUUCACAAAUGUGGACAAGCCUCCAAAUAGCGGGAAAUCAAAGCUGCAAUGCGUGUAGGCCUAGACACACUUGGCCUCGCUGUUGCCAAGACAAGGCACACAUGCAAUCUGAAGCUUGCGGCCUCCAAAGGCUACCCAAAAGCACUAAACUAAAGCUCCACAUGAGCGGCCAAUUGUCAGUGCGCCAGGUCCAGCACUUCAUCUUCGACCCAAAUCAAGUCAUGCACAACUGGAUAUACUUACCCCUUUAAUGGAGCUUCUCUUGAUGCGAGUCUAAAAGUUUGGGCAAAGUCAACCCUAUCUGAGGGUGCAUGCAAACAUCGGCUGUGACGCGACACAGAACAAGUCCCGGAAUAUCUCAGUCAUCAGGAAAGCUUGCAUGCACAUUCAUGCAUCACUUCAUGAUGAGAGAACCUUCUCGACACUCACUUUCACAACAAUAGCAUGCAAGACACUGAAACUGACAUCCAGCAAUCUCCAUGCCCCAAGCCUUGCACUGCGCCGAGCAGCUGAUAGGC